CUCUUGCGCCGUGAUUUCACUGGAGAAAGGAUACAUUGUCCAAACGCAGAGGAAAAACUCCUGCUGAAGCGACUGAUUUCCACACUGUUAUAAAGAUGGCGUUUAUUAAAGAGGAGAGUGAAGAUGUGAAGAUUGAAGAAACAUUCUCAGUCAAACAGGAAGAUCUGCAGGAACAAACAGACCUGAUGGUGCUGAAAACAGAGACUCAACAAUGGAAUGAAAUGGAAGAGAAACAGUUUGAGAAACAGCAAGAAAUAACUGAUGAAAAACCCACACUGACUGAAAAGACUUCAUCACACGGAAGACCUCGGAAUUCCAAAUCUGCAUGUAAUUUUACUUGUCGUCAGUGUGGAAACCGUUUUAGUCGAAAACACAAUCUUCAAGUCCACAUGAGAAUUCACUCUGGAGAGAAGCCCUACACAUGCCAACAGUGUGGACAAUGCUUCUGUACUAGUGGAAACUUGGUAGUCCACAUGAGAAUUCACACUGGGGAGAAGCCUUACUCCUGCUCUCAAUGUGGAAAGAGUUUUAAGCAAAUUAGCAAUCUUAAAGUCCACAUGAGAACACACACUGGAGAGAGGCCGUACGAAUGCCAACAAUGUGGACAGCGCUUCUAUACUACAGGAAACUUUGCACAGCACAUGAGAAUUCACACUGGAGUGGGGCUGUACCCAUGCCUACAGUGUGGAAAAAGCUUCCAUCAAUCAGCAAACUUGGUAGCGCACAUGAGAAUUCACACUGGGGAGAGGCCUUACUCUUGCAUUCAGUGUGGAAAGAGUUUUAAGCAAAAUAGCAACCUUGAAGCCCACAUGAGAAUUCACACUGGAGGAAGAAUUUUUACUUGCACACAGUGUGGGAAAAGUUUUGCUCAAAAGCAAGACCUUGAGAUCCACAUAAGGGUUCACACUGGAGAGAAACCUUACACAUGCACAGAGUGUAGUAAAAGUUUCAGAUAUAAAAGCACACUCAAACACCACAUGAUAAGUCACACCGGGGAGAAGCCGUUUACAUGUGCUCAGUGUGGAAAGAGCUUCACAACCAAAGCUAGCCUCAUGAACCACAUGAAUGGUCACACUGGAACCACAGUGUUCACAUGUGAUCAGUGUGGAAAGAGCCUCACACGCAAAGACACCAUUAGGCAACACAUGAAGACUCACUUAGGAGAGGAUUGUUUUAGAUGCAGUGAGUGUGGAAAGGGCUUUAAAUGUAAAAGAAGCCUCAGCACUCACAUGAAGCUUCACAAUGGAGAUCAGAGUCCUCAAAAUUGAGGGUUAGUCAAGCAGAGCUUAGGGCUCUCUCCCGGGACAGCAUGCUAAACAAGUUUGUACUCUUGAAUACAUAUCAAGUUACUGAAAAUGAAACCCUUUGAACAUCUGAAGAUUUAAACUCAGGGUGCUUUCACAGCUACACUUUUGUUUCGGAACCUGUCUCGUUUGCCCAGUUAGCGCGGUUCGUUUGGCAUAUGUGAAACCAACAAAUUGCUCUAGGAUCUGCGCCAAAUCAUCACUCCAAGUUCGCUUGAAUGAGGUGGUCUCGGCUUGAUUGAAACGCACUCUGGAGCGGAUCGAUUGCAGUGAGAAAGCGAUACAAUCCGAGCGCGGUUAUAUCACAGUGUAUUAUGGAUAUGUAAUAGGCAUACGGCUAUAUGAAGAAAGAAUUAUCUCCCGACUACCUCCCGGUCCUCAAAUAGGCUACGUCGCGCACCCUUCUCACCCCUCCCCACCGCAUCUCUCCUCAGACACGUCGCGCGCACCUUGUCACACACCAUUAAAACACCACCUCUCCUGACAACUGAGCAGGACUCUGCAAAAUAAACCCUGACACUCUGACCAAUGUGAGUUAGAGUUUACUCACACGGGACUUGUUUUAGCUCUUUUGGUCCAAUUAGAAACUUUGCAGUGUGGAAGCGAACUGCUCCAAGAGCAUAGAGCAACAAUAUAACAUUUGUAAUCUCUGUUUCGGAACAACUGAGUCGAUUCACAGGUGUGAAAGCACCCUCAAUAACUGAGGAGGGGUGAAGAUUUUUAUUUUUAUUUUAUUUUUUUAAGUGUAGAUCAUGAGUCACAGCGCAGUUCCAGGUUGUAAGAAUUUUAACUUCAUAAUGAAAUUAUAACUAGGCCCACAGAGAUUCAGCAUGGGCAGAAUUCUGCAGAUUUUUAACCCAUCAAAAAUUCUUUUUACAACCCCAACCCCAAAAAAGUUUUUUACUUGAGUAAAUGUGUGUAAAUCUAUAUUUAUUCAGUUUUUUAUUAUUAUUACCGUAUUAACAUUGACUAAUGUGAAAAUGUUCAUCUGAUUUAUGUACAAUGCAGUUUGUAAAGUAGUAUUGUCUUUUAGUAGAGAUAUUAUAUGAGAGACUUGCUUUGUUUACCAAACAAGUGCCAAAAAAAAAAAGAGAUGGAAGAGAAACAUUGUGACAUACACAACAGAAUAUUGUGGAAGAAUACCUCUGAUCAAUACUAUAAUGUUUUAUGAAUAACAUUGAUAAUUGUGUAAAACUCUUUAGUUGACAAACAAAACCAUGUUUUAAGUCUAAGCUGUUGUAAUUAAGAAUGUCACCGUGGCUAUCCAUCAUAUCCAAUAAAGAAAACAAUAUUAUUUCUAACCUAAUUUUUACAAAAUAAAGACUUAUUUCAAUAUAAAA